AAACAACUUGUGAUUUUCCAGAAAUAAAACACGGAAACAUAUAUGAUGAAAACAGAUACACACAAGUCUUCCCGGUUGCUAUGGGAAAAUAUUUCUACUACUCCUGUGAUUGGAGCUAUGUGUCUGCUUCGCAGUCACUCUGGACUCAAAUAACCUGUACAGAGCAAGGGUGGUCACCGACACCAAAGUGCCUCAAGUGUGAUGUGCCAGUACUUGAGAAUGCCACAGUUGAAAUUACUGGCACUCAGUUUAAAUUCAAUGACAAGUUGGAAUAUAAAUGCCUGGAUGGAUUUGAAAACAGAGACGGGAACACCACCGGCUACAUAGUAUGUGGUGAAGACGGCUGGUCCCAUCUGCCAACAUGCUACCACUCUACAGAGAAGUGUGGGCCUCCUCCGCCAAUCAGCAAUGGAGAUGUCACUUCCUUCCUGUUAACAGUGUACUCCCCCGGGUCAAGGGUCGAAUACCAAUGCCAGGCCUACUAUGAACUUGGGGGUUCUAAAUAUGUAACAUGCAGCCAUGCAAAAUGGUCAGAGCUACCAAGAUGUAUAGGUAAGUUCUUCUGGAUCCUGAGAAAAUCAGAGUCAUGAUUUUUGAGAGUUUGAUAUUUGCCCAUUCCUAGUCUAAUUGUCAUGGAUUUGUACUCUGAAAGUGUGUUCGCACACGGCUGCUGAAUGGUUGGCAUUCAUAUUUCGAAGUAGAAAGCUACAUGCUUGGACAAUUUCUAUGUAAACAGUGACAGUUUCCUUAGGCUGGAAUGUUCACAUGCUGAUGCCGAUAACGUCGGCCGGCCCCACUGUGGACUCAGCUUUAAUCAGACCUCCUACUACUUUAAGGGCGGUCACCCCCUUAAAGACUCUUUGGCCCUUGUGAGUGUUCCUCUGCUACCAGCGUGAGAACUCAUGGGCAACCUGUUUUCCCCUUCGCCACGAUAGAAAAUGAUCGCACAACAGAAAGUUCUCUGACAAGCGAAGGGCCGUAAUUUAGAGCCUUAUCCUCGGCACUUCCCGCAUCUCGUGGAGGUGACGAUGCUGAGAAACAGCUCGCUGGGCCAGCUCAUGUCGCUGGGCCUGCUUCUGUGCCAAGCAAUCCUGUACGUCUGCGGUCAUCAGGCUCACCCUCUACAUGACGUUUUCGAACUUUCUCUGGUCACCUCGAUCCUUUAAUCGCUCUCCACGUAAACUUGUCCACAUGCCCAGCAGGCGCUUCCCCUGCUGGACAGAGGAAAUGAGAACCACGUGACAUGAAACUCCUCAUUCCGGCCGAGAGCCAUCUUCUGCCCACGGCGUGGGUCCCACCCCUUCUCGCUUUUCCAAGAGUCCUCCGCAAUCCAUUGCAGUGUUUCCCCUUUACCUCCUUUUUUGCCGACCCCUUCCCAAUUCAUUUGAACGUGCUCAAA